UGGUUGGUUGGUUGGUGGGAUGCGGACUUUCUACAAGAAAACUCCUCUGACUUUGCGCUUCUCAGGCUCAUCAACACACACGCUGAGCGGCAGGACCCAUCAACAUCUUCGACUGGCUGUCAGCGCUCCGCUGUUGGAGAUGUCGCUCAUAAUCCACAUUAUAACAACUUUGGCCCUGUGGUGUCCCGUCAGGGCACUGGUGCCAGAAUUUGCCGAUGUUUGCACCGAGGGCAGCUGUUACCCCGCCACAGGUGACCUGCUGAUCGGCCGGGCGCACAGACUCACCGCCUCCUCCACCUGCGGCCUGAAUCGCCAGGAGCGCUUCUGCAUCGUCGGACACCUGGAGGAGGAGAAGAAAUGUUUCAUGUGUGACUCCAAGCAGAUGUACGACGAGGACAGCAACCCCGUCAGCCACACGAUCGAGAACGUGGUCACCACCUUCGCCCCCAACCGCCUCAAAACCUGGUGGCAGUCAGAGAACGGUGUGGAGAAUGUGACCAUCCAGCUGGACCUGGAGGCCGAGUUUCAUUUCACGCACCUUAUCAUGACCUUCAAGACAUUUCGCCCAGCUGCCAUGGUGAUCGAGCGGUCUAUGGACUUUGGGAAAACGUGGCAGGUUUAUCGCUAUUUCGCCUACGACUGCGAGUCCUCGUUCCCCGAUGUGUCCUCCGGGCCCAUGGUCAAAGUGGACGACAUCAUCUGCGACUCCCGUUACUCAGACAUCGAACCAUCCUCAGAGGGAGAGGUGAUAUUACGGGUGCUGGACCCCGCCUUCGAGAUCGAGGACCCCUACAGCCUGAGGAUACAGAACAUGCUGAAAAUCACUAACCUCCGGGUGAAGUUCAUUAAGCUCCACACACUGGGCGACAACCUGCUCGACUCCCGCGACGAGGUGACGGAGAAGUACUACUACGCCCUCUACGACAUGGUUGUCCGCGGAAACUGCUUCUGCUACGGUCACGCCUCCGAGUGCGCCCCGAUCGACGGAGCACCCAUAGGAGCUGAGGGCAUGGUCCAUGGCCGCUGUGUGUGUAAUCAUAACACUGAGGGACUGAACUGUGAGCGCUGCCAAGACUUUUACCACGAUUUGCCCUGGAGACCUGCAGAGGGACGAAACACCCACGCCUGCAAGAAGUGUGAGUGUAACCAACACUCCACCUCAUGUCAUUUUGACCCGGCUGUGUACGUGACGACGGGCAACGUGAGCGGAGGUGUGUGCGACGACUGUCAGCACAACACGGUGGGCCGACAGUGCGAGCAGUGUGCGCCUUUCUUCUACCAGCACCCCAACCGAGACCUGAGGGACCCCAACGUCUGUGAACCGUGUAACUGCGACCCGUCCGGGUCUCUGCAGGGUGGGCUGUGUGACUCGCGGACCGAUGUAGCAGCUGGGCUGAUCUCAGGUCAGUGUCGGUGCAAAGGCAAUGUGGAGGGCGAGCGCUGCGACCACUGCAGACAGGGACACUACGGGCUGGGACAGGGGCCUGAUGGCUGCCUGCCUUGUACUUGUAACCAGCUGGGCACUCUGCCAGGAGGAAACUCCUGUGAUUCAGACUCAGGAAGGUGCUUCUGCAAACGCCUCGUCGACGGACACAACUGCGAUCAGUGUCUGCCACAGCACUGGGGUCUGUCCAAUGACAUGGACGGCUGCAGACCGUGUGACUGUGACCAGGGCGGAGCUGUAAACAAUAACUGUGACCCUCACUCAGGACAGUGUGAGUGCAGGGAGCACAUGUUUGGACGACGCUGCGAUCAGGUGGAGUCUGGCUUCUACUUCAUCGCUCUGGACCACUACACCUACGAGGCUGAGGACGCAAAGCAUGGACCUGGUGUGACGGUGGUACAGAGGUCUUAUCCUCAGAAUCGUAGUCCUACGUGGACCGGUAUGGGUUUUGUUAAUGUGCCAGAAGGAGCCUACUUAGAGUUCACCAUCGACAACAUCCCAGAGUCCAUGGACUAUGACAUCCUUAUUCGCUAUGAGCCACAGCUGCCAGAGCAGUGGGAGCAGGUGAACAUCAGAGUGCAUCGGCCCGUCUACAACCCUCCAGACUACACUGGUCAGUGCAGCAACUCCAUCCAGAGCGGAGACGAGCAGUCCAUCUCUCUUCCACCUGGAUCCAGACACGUGUUGCUGGUGAGGCCGGUGUGUUUCGAGAAAGGACUGAACUACACGAUCCGUCUCAGUCUGCCGCUCUACUCGUCAGUCAGCGACAUCCAGAGCCCGUACACACUCAUCGACUCCUUGGUGCUGAUGCCCCGGGUCAGGGAGCUGGAUAUAUUCCAUGGGACUGAGGGCGAAGGAGCAUGGGAUACGUUCCAGCGCUACCGAUGUUUGGAGAGCAGCCAGAGCGUCGUCAAAAGCCCCAUGACCGACAUCUGUAACGACUACAUCUUCAGUGUCUCUGCUCUGCUGCACAAUGGAGCCAUGGCAUGCCAGUGUGACCCUCAGGGCUCACUCAGCUCUGUGUGUGAGACCAGCGGAGGUCAGUGUCGGUGUCGACCCAACGUUGUCGGCAGGAACUGUGACCAUUGUGCCCCGGCUACGUUCCUGUUCAGCCCCGCCGGCUGCAGACGCUGCGACUGCGACCCUCAGGGCUCCGUCACUCUCUUCUGCCACGAGGCCACUGGCCAGUGCGAGUGUGUCCCUGGGGCCUCGGGGCGCCAGUGUUCCCACUGCCUGCCAGGGUUCUGGGGCUUCCCUCAUUGCCGACCCUGCCAGUGUAACGGCCACAGUGAGUACUGCCACCCUGAGACCGGGGAGUGUCAGGGCUGCAGAGACUUUACCACCGGACGUCACUGUGAGAGGUGUCUGGACGGUUACCACGGUGACCCAGAGCUGGGUUCAGGCAGCCACUGUCGCCCCUGUAUGUGCCCCGACGGACCCCGCAGUGGACGGCAGUUUGCUGACAGCUGUUACCUUCAGGCUUACACGAACCAGCUGGUGUGUUUGUGCAGUCCUGGCUACAAAGGUGUCAGGUGUGAUGAGUGCGCCCCUGGUUACUUCGGGAACCCUCUGGUGCCCGGUGGGCGCUGCAUGCCCUGCCAGUGUAACAACAACAUCGACAUGCAGGACCCGGAGUCCUGUGACGCCCGGACAGGCGCCUGUCUGAAAUGCCUGUACCACACCGAUGGCUACGGGUGCGAGCAAUGCAAACUGGGUUACUACGGCAAGGCCUCCACACAGAGCUGCAGGAAGUGUAUGUGUAACUCUGUGGGCACGGUACCUCGGGCCUGUUCAUCCCCCGAUGAGUGUGAGUGCGAUCAGCACACUGGCCAGUGUCCCUGCCUGCCGAACGUGGUCGGUCAGAACUGCGACCGCUGCGCUGCCGACACGUGGAACAUCGCCAGCGGGACGGGCUGCCAGCGCUGCGACUGCGACCCCGUCCACUCCUUCGGCUCCUCCUGCAACGAGGUCACAGGACAGUGCUCUUGCAAACCCGGUUUUGGGGGCAGGACGUGUCGGGAGUGCAGAGAGCUCUUCUGGGGGGAUCCAAAGGUCAAAUGCCAACCUUGUGACUGCGACCCUCGGGGAAUCUCCAGCGAGCAGUGCCAUCGUGCCACAGGUCAGUGUACCUGCGUGGAGGGUGUUUCCGGCCCACGGUGUGACAAGUGCGCCCGAGGCUACCAGGGCAAGUUCCCUGUCUGUGAACCCUGCCACAAGUGCUUCGCCAACUGGGACGCCGUGGUUGGGGAGCUGACCAAUCAAACUCGACGCCUGGAGGCCCAAGUGACAGAGCUCCAGACCAGCGGGGUGACAGCGCCGUACAAAGAGUUAAUCAGCAGCCUGGAGAGAAACGCCAAGGCUGUCAGAGAAAUCGUAGAGAGCAACCCUGCAGCAGUGAAGCUGGAGCAGAUACAGGAGCUAAUGCACCAGAUCAUCGGUUUGAUGUCCUACCUAAACGGAAAGCUGAACACGACGGAGGAGACCUUGAGCAUCCUCCAGAAUGACGCCAACUCCACUGAAGUAAAGUUGGACGCACUGGCAGUUGAGGCCAACCAGCUGGACCUUACAGUGCAGGAGCUGAGACAGCAGGUGUACGAUGCCAAGAACGCCAACAUCCAGGGCGCCUUGGACACUAUCACAUCAGCACACUCAGAAUCACAAUUAGCGGAGAUUCGCACCAUCCUCUCCGCUAGUAGUCCCAGAAGCACAGUGGCACGUUCUGCCACAGUACGGAAAGCCACGGAGGACAAACUGAGCAGCAGUCAGAAGGAGUUUGACCGCAAACACCAAAGAAACUCGCAGAAGCUGGACAAACUGUCCAACGAGCUGGAGAAAUUUGACCUGUCGCCACUUAGCAAGAAGACAUGUGGUGGUGCAGCAGAGGGUGACAGCUGCUCUGGCUCCCCCUGUGGCGGGUUGGGUUGUGUCGACAAGGACGGAGCUCCUCAGUGUGGAGGAGAAGGAUGUGAAGGCCUCGUCACAACUUCUCAAAGUGCCCUCAAGUCAGCCAAGGACCUGGACCAGGAGAUCCUAGCAGCUAUGCAGGAGGUGGACAAGCUCUCCAGGAUGGUGUGGGAAGCCAAUGCCCGUGCAAAUGAGGCCAAGGCGCACGCUCUGGAGGUGCUGAUCAAAUCCAACCGGAGCAAAGAGAGGGUGGAGCAGAACAACGAGCAGCUCCGCAACCUCAUCAAAGAGAUACGAGACCUCCUCACCAAUGACAAAGCAGAUAUUUCAGUGAUCGAGAUGGUGGCCAAUGAGGUAAUGGCUAUGGAGAUGCCGACUUCAACGGAGAAGCUGCAGGAGCUGACAAAGGAGAUCAGGGAGAAGGUGGGCACUCUGACCAGCGUGGAGACCAUCCUGAGUCAGAGCGCUGAGGACAUCCAGGCUGCUGAGGCGCUGCUGAAGCAGGCCAAGGCCGCCAGUGAGCAGGCGUCUAACCUGAAGGAGACAGCAGACAUGGUGAAGGCAGCCCUGGAUGAGACCGAGCGUGCUCAGAGUAUCGCCAUGGACGCCCUCCAGCUGGCCCAGAACAACACCAAAGGCACCCUGGAACUGCUGACCUCUGUGGAGUCGGAGACGGAGGAGUCGGAGCUGAAGCUGAGUGACACCACAGGUCGUCUGGUUCAGCUGGAGAGGGAGGUCGGACUGCUGAGACAGAACAACCUGGAGGUGAACCGGCUGGCGGAGACGGCUGACACCAUCACCGACCAGGCCAGACUGGACGCAGAGGGGGCCCAGCAGGAGUUUGACUCUGAGGUGAAAGAUAAAUUCGAGGAGGUCGAGGACCUGGUGGUGGACAAAGGGGAGUCGGUGCUGCAGGCGAGGAGGCGAGCAGAUGAACUGCAGCAGGAGGCCAGAGAGCUGCUCACCCAGAGCACCAGCAAGCUGCAGAAACUCAGAGAGUUGGAGAACUCCUACGAGGCCAACCAGCGCAUCCUGGAGACCAAAGCCGAAGAACUGGCCCUUCUGGAGCGCAAUGUCCGCCAGAUCCUGGAGGACAUCAGCCAGAAAGUGACUCUGUACAGCACCUGUGUGUGAUGAUCGCCAGGACGCUCCAGCUCCUCAAACUCUACAGUUCUCAAGUGUCCUGGCUGGGAUUUCAAUAUCUCCAAAUGUUUGGAAAGGAAUUUUAAGACACUGCUCCCAGAUGAUUCCCUGAGUAUUUCAUAGCUUUUAGGACCAAACACUGUAAGAUGUUUGACACUGUCAGUGUGUGAGCCAGAUACUUAGCGCCUACGUUUAUUGGACAGCUGUGCCAAUAACAAUGGAAUUUUAACAAUGGAAACAAGCUUUGAAGCUGCCAAAGACCAUUAAAGUAUUGAAGUCCCAAGGGAGACCACUGAAAGCCAAUGUGACCUCAGGACAACAAGCUACAGAGAAUAUAGAACAGUUUAGCUGUGUAUGCUACUACAAUCUGUGUAUUUAAAUAUAUGACAGAACAUAUUUGACAGAAAUAUUAAAGUUUUGUAUGAACCCAAAGAUAUGAAAUAUUGUCAGGACCAAAAGGCAUUUGUGAAAAAGUUCAUCCACUAUGAACAAAUAAUAAAUUUUAAUUUGAAGACGUUA